GAAGAUUGGAUGCAGUAGUAACCAAAUGUGAUUUUUCCCUUUUUAGUUGAACUUUUUUAACAAUUUGAUUUCGUUUGCUCAAAUAUCUGGAAAAGUCAGAACAUGAAGAUAAUGCAGGUUCUUAGAAAUUUCAAUCACAAGAUUUGAAGAACUGCAUGCCUGGAAAAGUAAGUUUAAAACCUGCCAAACAAUUCCUUCUAUAAAUGCUGUUUUUUUUUUAGACUGUUCUAUAAAUGCUGUUCAAAUGCCACAAGAACUUCAAGAUGAAGAGGAAUCCUCGCAAGGUGAAAUGGACUAAGGCCUAUAGGAGGUUGCACGGAAAGGACAUGACGCAGGAUUCUACCUUUGAGUUUGAGAGGAAGCGUAAUAGGCCGGAGCGAUACGACAGGAAUGUCACAGAAAACACGCUGAAGGCCAUUAAGACGAUUGACAAAGUCAGAUCAAGGAGGGAAGCCAAACACAUUGAGAGGAGAAAGAAAGGAAAGAAGGGGCAGCUGAUGAGAGAGGCAGUAAAGGAGCUAGAGCAGAGCAUCAACUUAGUCAAAGCCCCAGCUGUCCUCAGCGAGGAUCCAUCUCUUACUCUUCCAAAGAUCAUGGUCAAGGCAUCCCAACACAGGAGAGCCAACGCAUGGAAGAAUGAGUCCAGUGAUGUUUCUGAUCAGUGGAUCUCGUGUUGUUGAAAAAGAAAAAGAAGAAAGAAAAAAAAAACUUAUUUUCUCUCUCUCUCUCUCUCUCCUUUUUUUUUUUUCUUUUUUUUUUUUUUCUCUUAACAAAUGCUUCAUCUGAGAAUGGAAAAGACUUAAAUUAGUUUUAAAUGGUUGUAAUUUUUUAGUAGUAUAGCAAGUUCAGCUAUUCUAAUUAGUUUGUUACUCAUAAGAUAAUUAAUCAUAUAAGAUUAUGUUAUUUUAAUGUACAAGUAAAUCUUGAGCACUCAAACAAUAGAUGACUCGGGGAUAUUCCUCCAAUUUAGUUGAGAAAAAACAAAUUGAGAACUA